AUGGUGGGUUGUGGACACCAUAAAUACUACCUUAUCUGGUCCUUUGUGUUACUCGGCAGUUGGCUUCUGGUGCUUAGUACAAAGUUGCAGUCGGAAAAUUACUCUUACCAUUGGGGUACGUGGUCGCCGUUACCCUUAACCUGUUCCGUAACAUGUGGUCGAGGACUUCGUUGUCGCUGGCGAAAGUGUUUGGAUUCUUACGGCAACGUUCAGUCUUCUGUAGAUCUUUGUAGAAAUCCGGAGGAUUAUGAAUCAAAGGCAGAGACUUGUACAGUAUGCGUUGUUAGUUCUCGAUGUCCCACUCUUCCGGGCUGGGGUGCUUGGGGCUCGUGGGGUUUAUGCAUACCAAGAGAUCCAAAUUCCACAAAAGCCUGUCAGCCUGGGAUAAUGAUCCGCUCUCGCAAGUGUGAUAGUCCUCCUCCAGAACCACCACCUCGUGAUAUACCUUGUAUGGGAGUUAGCCGCCAAACUACUGAUUGUUUGUAUAACUGUGGUGAAACUAAGGCUGGAACUACCGCACAUGUGGCCCAACGACUGCAGCUUCAAAUGGAGGAGGACCAUCGAAAGGGUUUGACAAAUAUCCGCAAUGUUUUACGACGUCGACCUGGAGAUCAUGUUCGAAUGACCUGCGAAACACCAACUUAUAGACUGGCCAAGCGGUUGACUGAAAAUACAAGGCGGAAGCUUGCUCAUGGAGCACUGAGUGCCAAAGAGUUGAAAGUAACUUGGUACAAAAACGGUGAACCUCUGAAAAUAUAUGAACCACAAUCACGCAUUAACAGGCUCAUGUAUUCUUUGGGUAGAAGCAAAAAGAAGGAAAAGAAAGGCCCACCAAAUGAGCUACUGGAUGAGACUGACCGGUGGAAUAAAUUACUCCCCACAUCAGAUGCAGAGCUGGAAGAUGUGGAUUUGUUGUUUUUAAGUGUGACUGAGGGAGAUCAAGGAUUUUACACCUGUGAACUGAGCUACGGCAGAUUCCGUGGAGUGGCAGUGUACUACAGCCUCCUCAUUGUUGGCAUCAGCUAUGAAGGCCAAUCAGCGGAUCCCUUUUACCUGCAUUCCAACUUGGGUUAUAACUAUGCACUUCAAAACGCUCCAGUAUGGUUUGAAGCGUCCGAACUUAUGUGGAAGUUGAACGCACAUGACUUUGCCCGUGGUAUUGCGAUUGCACGUCCAAGACGGAUAAUGAGAAUGGCCGGUCUUAACCAAACACAUCAAGGCACAUGGAGAUGUUAUCUGAUCAUACCCAGCCCAGGUUCUUUUGCGAAUAUAAACGCUCCACGCAUGCGCGUGGCCCGCCAGAUCCUGGUAAAUGAAUUCCAACUGAAAGUGAAGAAAGAUGUUGACAGCCUAUGGCAGUUAGCUGAAUUUCCGAAAACUAUGAAGACACUGCGAAACGUAAAUACAGGCUGUGCUCUAUGUGCUCUAUUUCUUUUCUGGUUUCUCUUGCUUACUGUGUGGGCUGCCAAGCGGUGGAUUGAGCGCUCGCUGACCGUUUCCCAGAAAAAAGCAAUUGUACAAGAAAUUGUGGAUAAUGAGUGUCGACUUUUGUUAACGGCACGUAAGCGAGCUGGUAUCAAUAAGGAACGACUACUACCGCUCAUAUUACAAGAACAUCAACGCUUAGAGUUGGCCAAUCGUCACCUAGUCGAGAGGCUGUUAGAUCUACAGCUGUUGCGUGACCUUGAUGAGAGGAAGAAGAAAGCAGGUGAUGGUGAGGAACAAAAACUAGAAACCGAUGAGAAGGAGCAGGACGAAAAAGAUGAGGUUACUGAGGCAGAAACUGUGCAUCAAGACUCAAGUACGGGAAAUGACGUAACCGAGCGCGUCGGAAGUAUUCUAAAAACCACUCGGAAAACAUUAGAACUACGGCCAUUCACCAAAUUUUCGCUUCAUAAAAAUAGGGAUUCGGUAGCAGCCAAAAUGGACCAGUUUGGACGUGUCCACCGGGCAUCCAAAUUACGAAGUUUAGUAGAACGCAAAAGUCAACAUCUUAAUCCAAAGGAAAUGGAUCAGAGUUUGCGAAGGUCCACAAUCUGGUCACAGAAACGAACAUCUAUGUUAAACACAAUAACUCAGAGACACUCAUCAACUCCCAAUACUUCUGACCGAAGCGAAGAGCUCGAUUUACCGACACCUGAAAGCGUGUCCGGAAUGCCAAAGUUGAAUCGCACGUCAAAUCAACAGACGAGGUCACGGAGGAUCACACAGCUGAUUGCCUCAGUCGACGAACAAGAUUCGGUGGAGCAGGCUCACGCAGAUCACCCUCAGCGCAAAUAA